GGUGGUGCCCGCCAUGCCGCCGAGGAGACGGAUGAGAUCGGGAAGGCGGCGCUCGCCGCGGCGGCCCCGCCCGCGGUGCACGACCCGGGCCUGGGCGCGGCCGGCGACGCCGCGCCUUCGGCGGCAUCCGAGGGCGCGGCUGCGGUCCUCUGCCCGGCGCCCCGCAGCCUCGGGCGGCCCGGCGGGGAGGGCGCGAGCGUGCGGGAGCCCCCCGGGGACGAGGGCGCCGACGCGGCGCAGCCGCCGACGCGCCUCCGCGCCGCGCUGGCGCCGGAGCCGCAGGGCCGGGCCGCCCAGGGGGCGCCAGGGUCCCCGCGCCGGGGCGGCAGGAGCACGGCCCGGGGCCCACGGCGUCGGGGCGCGGGCCUGCAGCGUCGGGCCGAGGAGGGGGCCGAGCAGGGCGCAGCCGGGAGGCGCGCAGGGCUCCUGCGGGCUCUUCUCGACGAGGCGCUCGAGCCCUCGGGGAGCGUCGCCUGCCUGCGGGAGCUCACCCCAGAGGUGUCGCUCGAGCGGGAGAGCCUGCUGCGCCUCGAGGUCAUCUCGCAGGUGGAGUCCAAGUUCGUGGUUGCACAGGUCACUGGCAGGCUGCUGGUGGUCCUGGACCAGCACGCUGCCUCCGAGCGGGUGGAGCUCGAGCGCCUGCAGCGCCAGGUGCUGUGCGGCGCCUCUUACGGGCUGGA